AUGGAAAAACUUUCGGUGUUAUUACUGCUGACAUUAGUGUUGGGGAUCACCUCCAGCCCCGUUCAGGUGGGAACCCGGGCCUCCAGAGACCACAACGACUACACGAAAAACCCUCACCGAGUGGUCUGUUAUUUCGGGAGUUGGGCCCACUAUCACACAAAAGAGAGGUUUGAGAUCGAAGACAUUGAAUACGAUUUGUGUACUCAUAUUAACUAUGGUUUCGCCAAAAUCAAUGAAUCCACGUAUAAGAUUGAACAAUUUGAUCCCUAUCUCGACACCAAAAUUGAUGGACAGGGAUUCGAGGCCUACAAGAGGUUCAUUCAUUUGAAGACUAAGAACCCAAACCUAACGACAAUGAUAUCAUUGGGCGGAUGGUAUGAGGGGUCGGAGAAGUACUCGGAUAUGGUUAAGGAUGCGAACAGAAAGCGAUUCGUUGACAGUGUGUUGGCUUUUCUCGAAGAACACCAAUUCGAUGGACUGGAUCUCGAUUGGGAGUAUCCGGGGAACAGAGGGGGCGAUGAGGUCGCAGAUAAACCCAAUUUUCUGAAACUGUUGAAGGAAUUGAGAGAAGCCUUCGACCCGCACGGGUAUCUCCUGACGGCUGCCCUCUCACCCGGAAAACAAAAGAUUGACGCCGCCUAUGGAGACGUACCCCUAAUGAAUGACCUAUUAGAUUGGGGUAAUAUAAUGACAUACGACUAUCACGGGGGUUGGGAAGACAUUCUCGGACACAACGCCCCACUCUAUAGCCGACCCGAUGAGACAGAAGGAGAUUACCCAUACUUUAAUGUCAACUAUACUGUCAAUUAUUACUUGUCGUUGGGUAUGAAGAAGGAGAAGAUGGUGAUGGGAGUGCCCUUCUAUGGCAGGGCCUGGACUCUCAUGAGUAAAGAUAAGCACAAUCUCCACGACAUCGCAAAGGGUAUGUCACCCGAGGGUUUCAUCGGUGGUGAGGCCGGAGUGUUGGGAUAUAAUGAGUUAUGUCAAUUGGAAAUACAAGAUCCCACCAAAUGGCACAACCUAUCGGACCCAUACUAUAGAGCUCCGUAUGCUUAUAACGAUGAGAUAUUCAUUGGGUUUGAAGAUGUGGACAGUAUUUCGUGCAAAAUCGCUUUCUUGAAAUCGAUGGGACUGUCGGGUGGUAUGGUGUGGGCCCUCGAGAACGACGACUUCAAGAACAGGUGCGGAAAGGGUAAGAACCCUCUCAUGAAUAAAGUGCACCGUAUGUUGAAUGGCGAUGAGAUCAAGUCGCUUGAGUGCAAAUAUACACCUCCGCCACCACCAGUAACCACAACCACUACUACCACCACAACUACAACAACUACCACAACACCUCCCCCAUCAACCACGCCGUCAGCUGGAUCAACCACAAGUCACAAAGAUUAUAUGUGCAAUAGGUAUAAAUAUAUGCCAUACCCUGGUAACCCCAAUAAAUACUAUCAGUGCGAGAAAAUUGGUGAUGAAUGGUAUAUCCAUGAGAGGACUUGUGCUGAGAAGACAGAGGUAUGGGUUCAGGAGGAAUUGAGAUGCGAUUGGCCUAAACCACCCCCGGGUGACUAUUAAGUCAUUUUCAUA